GCCCCGGGGCGGGGCGGGGGCGCCCCUCGCUCACGGCCGCCGCGAGAAGCCGCCGAGGCACCGUCCCGCCCUGCCCUGCCCCGUCCCUGCCGCUCCGGCCCGGCGGGGCCCCGCGGGAAGGCGGACGCUGCCCCCCCGGACGGCCUCCCUGCGGCUGUGGGGCCAGGCCGCCCGCCGUGCAAACGGGCGGGGAGAAGGUAGCGCCGUGGUGCGCGGCCCGCCCCCCCGCGCGCACCCGCACGCGCCUCCGCCUUCGCGGGCGGCUGAGGGGCACUUUCGAAAACUCCUCGGCUUCCACACCCAGCCCGCCGCUGACAUCAUUCGUCCGGGAGGCAGCCGCCGCCAGAGCCGCGCCGCGCCCAUAAAAAAGUAGGUGAAUGAGCAUGUCCUGGAGUCUCCAAGCAACAACCGUGAUGAGAGCUAGAGAUGAAGGUUGAGGAAUCAUUGUAGCUGCUCGUCUUAUAAAUGGAUAUAUAGUCUUAAUUACAGCAUGGAAGGGCAGAAGAAUUGAUAAUUAAAAAGGCUUGCUUCGACACAGUUUUGCACCAGUGAUCUCAAGGAAGUUCAGCUGAAUCAAAUCCUUACUGAUGGCCCGGAGACCUGCUGUUCUAGCUGCAAUGAAAAAUCCUGUGUGCAGAAAGCUGCAGAUUUGUCUCAGAUUAAAACCUCCUCACAUCAAAGAUGCUGAUUCUUCUGGCUUUCAUUAUUGUGUUUCAUAUAACCUCAGCAGCACUGCUGUUCAUCUCAACUAUUGACAAUGCCUGGUGGGUAGGAGAUAAUUUUUCUACAGAUGUUUGGAGAACAUGCAUCACCAAUACUACCACUUGUACAGCUAUUACCGAUCAAUUCAAUGAUUAUCAAUCAAUUCAGGCUGUUCAGGCUACCAUGAUUCUGUCUACUAUUUUCUGUUGUGUGGCAUUUCUGGUUUUCAUUCUUCAACUCUUCCGACUAAAACAAGGAGAAAGAUUUGUGUUAACUUCUAUUAUCCAGCUCCUGUCAUGUCUGUGUGUUAUGAUUGCAGCUUCCAUUUAUACAGAUAGGCAUGAAGAACUGCACAAGAGCAAUGAAUACAAUAUUGAAGUUUCUCAAGGCCAGUAUGGCUAUUCCUUCAUCUUAGCCUGGAUUGCAUUUGCUUUUACUCUGAUCAGUGGUGUUAUGUACCUAGUACUAAGGAAGCGGAAAUAAAUGUCAGCAGCUAAUUGUUUGUCACUACAGUACAAAACCAAAUUUCAAUAAUCAUUUUGUAUAUAAUCAUUUACAUGGUUUUGUAGUAAAGCUAUUGUUUCUCUAAAAAUGUACUGUGUUCUUGAUAUGAAACAGAACAAAACCUUGCAGGUCUAUUGGAAUGCUUGGCAUCUACAGGUCAGGGAUCUAAGCAAUACAAAGACAAGUUGUUAGCUUUUACGUAUUUGUAAAAUUGGCCUUUACAUAUUUCAUCAUCAUAAAUGUUUUCCCCAUAACUAGACAUUAACAGUUUAUUUCUGGCCUCUAGUAGCUUACAAAUAAAGCCAGUGGUUAUUAAUUUGCAAGCAAUAUACUAACCAUAUUCUUGUCCCAGGUCUACUCCUUUGGGAUAGGAUAAAUACAGGGGGGAAAAAUGAAGCCCAGAUCACAGUGUAAAAACAAUUAUAAAAGCCCAAAGCAGCACUGAGUGUAUAUGUUUUAGCAGGGGACUAGCUUUCUGCUAUUUGUAAUAUGCAGUAAGUGCCAUCAAGCUUUUAUUAAAACCACUUGCUUCACAGAAGUAAAUGAUUCCUCUUUCACUCUAGAAGAUGAUUCUCUUCUUUCAUAUUUAAAUCAAAUGUACAGAACCUCUGGGAGGAGAAGUUACCAAACACUGCAUAGCUUGGGACUGGAAUAGCCUCAGCUAAGAGAUACCCCAUUCAAUCCCUAAUCCCUUCGUUUUUGCAUUGUGCAUAGUCUUUCUGAAGAAGAAUAGUUACCUUACCUACACCUGCAAAUUUUUAAGCAAGUCAGAGAUUCAGCAAUACCAAAUUUAGUUUUUUUUAUGGCCAAAUAACUCAGCAUAUCUACUACACCAGAAUGUUGAUAUAGUAACUUUGUUUAAUGUAUCAUUUCCAGAAAGCAUUCCUUGAAUCUGCCCAUUAGGAAUUGGCCUUUAAAAAUUUAAUUCUAAAUUCCCUUGUAGAUUUUACUUGUACCAAGCACUUCUACUAAAUAAAUUGGGGUGUAAUAACUAUGUUUGAUUUCCAUGAUGGUUUUCAAAACAAGAUGACUUGGUGACUUUUAUUUUUAAAUUAUUUAAUGAGCUAAAUUUGUACUGUAAUACCAAGCUUAAAUGCUCAGCAGUGUAAUAUUAGGUUUGACUGAUGGUGAUUUAGGAGUCUGGAGACCAGUGUGAAUGAAUGAAGUGUCUUUUUCUGGUUAGUCACAGCUUUGUUUAAAUGGAGACAUGACUUUGUAGAAGCACCAACCAUGUAUCUAUUUCAGUACACUCACUACAGCUGGACCCAUAACAGGCAAUAAAAAAAGGUUUUGAAUGAGCUUUUACACUUAAUGCAAAACAAAUACAUUACUACAAAAUACUAUAGUUCUAUUGAAAUUGAUGCUGCAGUAUGUAUCAGCUAAUGGUUUGACCCAUUCAUCUUCAGAUAAUUCAUACCUGAUCUCUUACAAAGUAGAAGUUUGGGCAACUAACUGUGUAAGAAUUGUUUCCAGCAUAAAUAAUAUUGUUCACCCGAACAACAGUAUUCCCUGAAUAGCCUAACAUGCUGUCACAUGCAAGAUUUGAUUUUUGCAAGCAAAUAAAGCCUACCAGGAAAUGAUAACUAAUUAUACAAAUAAGACAACAAAUAAUAAAAAAAAAAAAAAUCAGCCUGAGCAAAGUGCUUUUUUUGCUUCAGCAUGAUGCCAGUAUUUUUUCAGGCUUCUUCCCUCUUAGUGGGAACUCUCUAAGUUUCAAAUAAACAGCCCACUUCUCUAAAGUAGUGUUCCUACAGUUUGCUAAAUACACUCAAAACCUAAAUUUUGUUAGCAAGCAGAAUUUGUUUUGAACAAACAGAUGCAGGCCUAAGGCUGAAAGUAGACAGACUGUAAGCUAGGUAUUUGCAAGUUUUAUUCAAACAUCAAAUAGGGAAAUUUUAAAGCAAAUAUUUGGAUUUAAAAUACUACUUUAUAUCUAAAAGACAGUUGUAUGAAAUUAUAAGCCAAGCUGUUGUGCCAUUGUUUUGAAGAGAAGCUCUUUCAGGUUCUUGCUUUGGUCAUUUACAGAGCAUUAUUUAAAACGAAGAUGUAUAUGUACAUGUGCACAUCUUGCUUCCACUGUAAAAGCGCUGUCCCAAUUAAAAGUGAAAAGCAUACACAUACUCCACAUUGUACAAACAGCAAGGUAUACGUGAUGCCACAUAAAACAGAGGAGAUGUGAAUGUUCUGUAUACCAAGAAAACAAAUGCCAAAAAAGUUUGAAGUAGAGUCUUAACAGACAAAGAUGUUUUAGGAUAUUCUUUCUACCUAAUAAACCUUUAAAAUAUA